CACGCGUAAAACAUGGAGGCGGCAGCUCCUCCUCCAUCUCAGAAACUCACCAAAUUAGAAACAACAAAACAGCCAAACAACCACCGAAGCCCCUCCGCGCGGGGCGGCGCGUCCAUUAAAACCAAACACCAAAACCCAGACCCUCCCGCCGCCGCGCAGGUGGCGUUCCGCCUCCUCUGCCACGUCCGCACCGCCGGCGCCGUGAUCGGAAACUCGGGAUCCGUAAUCAGGCGCCUGGAAACCCUCACCGGGUCGAAAAUAAAGUUCGAGGAAGGCCUCCCGAACUGCCACGAGCGCGUGGUCAACAUCGUCGGAGAUGCCGCCGUCGAGAAGAGAAUAUCCGUCGGAGAAGAAGAAACGGCGGAGGUGUCGAAAGCGCAGGAGGGUUUGCUGAGAGUUUUCGAGAGGGUUCUGGAGGUAGAAUCGAACUCUGAGAAUAAGGAGAGAGAAAAUAAUGAGUUCAAUUGUUGCCGGUUAUUGGUUCAAACGGGUCGGGUCGGGGCGGUGAUGGGGAAAGGAGGUAAGAUUGUUGAUGGGAUUCGUAAAAGCUCCGGUGCGAAGAUUAGGGUUCUUAAGAAGGAGCAGCUUCCUGUUUGUGCAGGCCCCAAAGAUGAGCUGAUUCAGAUCACGGGUGGAAUUAUGGCGGUAAAGAAAGCACUACUUGCCGUUUCUCGUCUUCUUCAGGGUCGAACCCUUCGGGGAGAAGCUACUCGCCACUUGUCUUCCGCAGGAACUGAUCUCGAGUUUCAUUCUGUUGGCCAUUCUGCGUCAGCUGAUGUGGACAAAAUUCUUAAUUCGCACGAAGAUAGUUCCUCGAGAAAAGUGACGUUCAAAAUUUUGUGCUCUAGCAGAAUAGCUGGCGGCGUGAUUGGAAAGGGUGGAGAUACUAUAAGAUGUCUUGAAAACGAAACGGGGGCUUCAGUAAAUUUUGUAUCACCCGCAUCCGGCUCGACGGAGCGUGUCGCAAUUAUCUCCGCACUGGAGAGUCACGAUCCGUUGUUCUCUCCCGCACAAAUUGCCGCAGUUCGUGUUUUCGCCAGGUCUAUGGAGGUUAGCGUUGACCAGCGGUUGAUAUCAGGCUUAGGCAAACACGAGAGUGUGUCUACAAGACUUCUGGUCGGAUCGAGUCAAAUUGGUUGCUUGAUGGAUGAAGGUGGAAGAGUUUCUCCGGAUAUAAGUAUUGCAACGGGGGCUGAGAUAAUAUUGGUGGGACCCGAUUGUCUUCCAAAAUGCGCUCAAAUCGGCGAUAAUGUUGUCCAGAUUACCGGUAACUAUGAAAAUGUUAAAAACACUGUAUUUCAACUAACUGGGAGACUGAGGGAGAGCUUCUUUUCGGAAGCAGAAUGCAGAAAUGGUUCAUACUCGGGUAUUCCUAGAACAAGUCCCAAUGGUGGCGGAGAGACAAAAUUGUCGAGACUUUCUUACAUGGAUCAAUUAUAUGAAAGCGUUCGUUCACGAAUUACCAGUAACUAUGAGAAUGUUAAAGGCGCUGUAUCUCAAAUAACUGGAAGACUGAGGGAGAGCUUCUUUUCGGAAGCAGAAUGCAGACAUUGUUCACACUCGGGUAUUCCUAGAAUAAUUCCCGAUGGCGGAGAGACAAAAUUGUCGAAACUUUCUUACGUGGAUCAACUUCAUCACCUAGGAUUUGUACACAAAUCAACCACUUCUCACAUACCGGGAUCACAGUCGGAACCGGAAAACAGUGCACGGAGUAUUCGGAGACACGUUAAUAGUUCUAAAGCCUUGACAACUACUACAAGUGGGCUUAAGCAUCAAAGUAAUGUUAGAAACGAGGAGCCAAAACUAACGGUGAAGGUUGAGGUCCCAGAAAAAGUAUUUGAUUUUGUCUACGGUGAGAAUGGAAGCAACCUCGCUCGCCUAAGAGAGAUAUCAGGUGCAACGGUCAUAGUAAAAGAUCCUCGUCCGGGAGAAAAUAGUGGGAAGGUGAUUAUAUCAGGGACGCCUGAGCGAAUCCAGAUUGCACAGACCUUACUUCAUGCAUUCAUUUCAUUUUAACAAUCGAAUCGUGCUCUUUGGAUUUAUUAUUAUCCCCGUAAGUAAAGUUUAACCAAGUAGAAUAGUGUAAUUAAAAUAAAUAAAUAAAUAAAUAAGUAAAUAAAAUACAUGAUUGAGUUGUAAUUUGUAAUAAAUCAAAUGUUGUUGUUGUGCAUGAAACUCUUCAUUCUUAAAGCAAAUUAUAAUGAGUGAAUUGUAAAGAACUAAACUCCUAAAUGGUGAAUUUUUAGAGGUAGUUGCUUAAAAAAACUAAACAUGUGG